GGCUGCUGGAUUAGCUUUGGGGCUUUUUUUCUUAGUUUACUGCUGUUUUCUGGGUGGUGUUGGAGCUGAUGGAGUGAGUUGAUAACAGUACUAAAUUUCAUGGAAGUUUGUUAUGUUUAUUCCUUGGAGAGACACCUUAGUUGUGGGGUAGUUUGGCUUUGGAUCCACCUGUGUUUGUAACACUACUAAAUUUGAUGCACUGUUCUAUUUUGACAAAGCAUAAAUCUUGGGGAUUUAUAAAUUACUCUGAACUUGCAGUGGUGGUGUUAUAAUGGAUAGCCUUCCCGUUCAUUGUUCCAUAAAUUUCAUGAAGGCCUCAUUUGCCUGGGAGGAAACAUAAUGCUUUAGGAUUUAAAUUUGCAGUGAGAUCUAGAGAGGACCUUCUCUCCUCCCCUGUUUUGCCGUUUGGAGCAUGUUUGUGAUGGGCUUGAUGGCUGGGACUUUUAGGAGGACAGAAAUGAAAUUUUACAUCAUCCACCCCCACAUCAACUACAAAACAAACCAAGCAUAUACAUAAUACAUAUCCCCCCUUCUAAAGAAGCUAAACAAACCAAGUAACUAUGUGCGUAGGGUUGACCGCUGGCAUUAUUGUUACAUGUAAAGCUGUAAUAUUUGUCUUAAAUGGCUAACAAGGUUCAAGUCCCUACAAGAAACUCAGCACUUAUUGCUAUGAUUGCUGAUGAGGACACAAUAACUGGAUUUUUACUGGCUGGAGUUGGAAAUGUGGACUUGAGAAGGAAGACAAAUUACCUUAUUGUGGACUCAAAAACAACUGUUAAACAAAUUGAGGAAGCGUUCAAAGAGUUCACAACAAGAGAGGACAUUGCAAUUGUGAUGAUCAGUCAGUAUGUUGCAAACAUGAUAAGGUUUUUAGUGGAUAGCUACAACAAGCCAGUUCCAGCGAUAUUGGAGAUUCCUUCCAAGGACCAUCCUUAUGAUCCUACCCAUGAUUCAGUUCUUUCACGUGUGAAGUACCUCUUCUCUGCUGAAUCAGUGGCUUCUGGGAGGCGUUAAUUCUGUCUGUAGUUAUAUCAUGUUUCACACCAUUUCCCUUGUGUUGUGUCAUGUGUUUAUCCUGAAACACUUUUUUUGCUUGCUUAUCUUAAAUUCUUUUGAUGAAACACAUUUCAAGUUCGUUCUAGAUUGAAAUUCUGAAUAAGCUACUUUUAUCGAAAGCAGUUGUUGAAA